AAUUUGUUUCUUGACAAUAAGGUCUAUUCUUUUCAGCCACAUUACUUAUUAUGCAGAACUCAUUCGGUAAUGAUUGGCGGUUAACCAUAAAAUAAAAAACUUUUGGACAUUAUACACGGCGACGCCUUUAGCAACGACAACAUUAAUCGUCUAUGGAACGUAGUCGGGGUGCAGCGUCAAUUAGCCUACUUCUCAAAACCACUAUUGCAACCGACGAUCGCCUCUCUGGGUUGCAGAGAUAUCAAUAAACCAUCAUCGAAGCCACCAAGGUUAAAUUACAUCAAAUUUUAUACGUUUGGUCAAACAAUAACAAUAUUGUUGUUUGUAGCAAUCAAUACAAACCUGAGGCAUAUUACGAAGCCGCACGGCUCUCCAUACAACUAACGUUUGCAGAAGAGGUACAGCGAAAGGACAAACCAUUAGUGGAAAUGACAUUACCAAGUGCCGCCCGUGUAUACACAGAUGUGAAUGCGCACAAACCAGAUGAAUAUUGGGACUACGAAAAUUAUGUCGUCGAUUGGGGCAAUCAAGACGAUUACCAAUUGGUCCGGAAACUUGGGCGUGGCAAGUAUUCCGAGGUUUUCGAGGCUAUUAAUAUUACAACCACAGAAAAAUGUGUUGUCAAAAUUCUAAAACCUGUGAAAAAGAAGAAGAUCAAGCGUGAAAUUAAAAUUCUGGAGAACUUACGCGGUGGAACAAAUAUCAUAACACUGCUAGCAGUUGUUAAGGAUCCAGUUUCUCGCACCCCAGCGUUAAUAUUUGAGCACGUCAAUAACACGGAUUUUAAACAACUUUACCAAACACUAACAGACUACGAGAUUCGCUACUAUUUGUUUGAGCUUCUGAAGGCGCUUGACUACUGUCACAGCAUGGGCAUUAUGCAUCGAGAUGUAAAGCCACACAAUGUAAUGAUAGACCAUGAAAAUCGGAAGUUACGCCUUAUAGAUUGGGGCCUUGCUGAGUUUUAUCAUCCAGGCCAAGAGUAUAAUGUGCGGGUGGCAUCGCGAUAUUUUAAAGGACCUGAGCUUCUUGUCGAUUAUCAGAUGUACGACUAUUCACUUGAUAUGUGGUCCUUGGGUUGUAUGCUGGCGUCGAUGAUAUUUCGAAAAGAGCCGUUCUUCCAUGGUCAUGACAAUUAUGACCAACUGGUACGCAUUGCAAAGGUGUUGGGCACUGAAGAGCUCUACGCAUAUUUAGAUAAAUACAAUAUUGACCUAGAUCCGCGAUUUCACGACAUCUUACAACGUCACUCACGAAAGAGAUGGGAAAGAUUUGUUCAUUCCGACAACCAACAUCUAGUUUCUCCUGAAGCAUUAGACUUUCUUGAUAAACUAUUGCGUUACGAUCAUGUUGACCGACUCACCGCUCGCGAAGCUAUGGCUCACCCAUAUUUUUUACCCAUUGUCAAUGGACAAAUGAAUCCAAACAAUCAGCAAUAAGAAGUCAAGCAAAAUCUAAAUAUGGAGUUGACGAGGUCGAGAUGUCAGCCAUUUAACAUAAAUAAAAAGUUGAAUCAGAAAGAGGCGAACAAAAAUUCAGAUAUUCUACAAACAAAUCACAAGUUAACGACUUGUUCGAGAAGAAAAUAUACACCGAAUUGACACUGUUCCACAAAAAUUAAAAACCACUUGUUUUGUAAAAUAUGAUAAAAGUGGGGAUGAUCAUUUUUGUUCGUUUUCAAACCGACUCUAAAAUUGACUAUCGAAAUAAAAAAAUUAAAACAUAAAUGGAAGCAAAUACUAAAGUAUAUUUGCGUAUAAAAUGCAAGAGCGCCACUUCAUUAUAUUUAUCAUAUAUUUACACAUAAAAUUAUAAAAGCAACAACAAAAUGUUAGUUUCCUUUGUAAAAAAUAUUCAAAUUGAAUUUGAUUUCAUUAAUAAAGUCACAACUAACAUUUUACAAUUUCAACAAAAGGUCCGCCCACAAUAACUAAAUUUACUCAUCUUCAAUUUUCCGUUAACCAUCAGUAUCAAUUUCAAUAGACUAAUUCUUGAGACCAUGCAAGUGAAAUAAAAUUUUUAUUGUUUUUUUUAAGGAAUAUCUUUGAAAUUUGAAUCAGCUUAUAAAUGUUGCUUCUGAGCUGAAGGAUAUUUAUUAUGCCCUAAUAAUUAAAAAAAGACGGAGUAAAGUAUAUGUUUUGUACCCAUGUAAUUAAAUAUUAUUAUUAAAACAGUUAACAUAUACUGUUCAA